AUGGAAAGCCAGAGCAACAUCUCAGAAUUCAUUCUUCUGGGAUUUUCUUAUGACCCAAAUGUGCAACUGUUUUGCUUUGUGCUAUUCUUACUUGUUUAUGUUUCCAUCUUGGUAGGAAACCUUCUGGUCCUUGUUUCCAUUAUAUGCAGCUCCCUUUAUCACCAACCAAUGUACUAUUUCCUUAUUCACUUGGCAUCUAUGGACAUCUGCUACACCUCUAGUGUGACACCAAAACUGAUUGGUGACCUGCUAGUGAAGAAAAAGUCCAUCUCUUAUGGUAGCUGCAUGUUACAGGUCUUUUCCAUGCACUUCUUUGGUGGUGUUGAGAUCCUCAUUCUUGCUGCCAUGGCCUUUGAUCGCUAUGUUGCUAUCUGUAAACCUCUCCACUACAUGAUUAUCAUGAACAGAACACGAUGUAAUUUUCUUGUUUUAGCUGCUUGGGUUGGUGGGGCUGCCCAUUCCUUUCCUCAAUUAUCUAUGGCAAUCCUGUUACCCUUUUGUGGUCCUAAUGAACUUGACCACUUUUUCUGUGAUCUCUUCCCUUUGCUGAAAAUUGCCUGCACUGACACCUACAUGGCUGGUGUUCUUGUGGUUGCCAAUUCAGGUGUUAUUUGCUUAGUGACCUUUGUUGUCUUAGUUGUUUCUUAUGUCAUUAUAUUAUACAACUUGAGAAAUCAUUCAGCUGAGGGAAGACGCAAAGCCCUGUCUACCUGUGCUUCUCAUAUCGUUGUGGUGGUCUUACUUUUAGUUUCUGCAAUCUUUGUCUACCUUAGACCUCCUACCACUUUCCCAGAAGAUAAAGUAUUUGCUGUAUUUUACACCAUCAUUGCUCCUAUGUUCAAUCCCUUAAUCUAUACCUUGAGAAAUAGAGAGAUGAAAGAUACCAUGAGAAAAGUUUGGUGCCAAUCUUAUUUUCAAAGAAAGAGUACAAAUAAUUUAAAGAAGACUAUCAGAUGA